AUGGGGCCAAAAUCUGGAAGAUCGCCGCGGGACGAAGCUUCUGUGCAUGGAGGAAUCGACGACGAAGAAAGGGAACUGUUGAAGGCCUACUCCGUUUGGCAGGUGCUCGGGCAAGACUUGGGUUAUUCCCUCGCUGGGGUUGAUGAUGGUGUGGCUCGACCGUUGUCCUUUCUUCUUCCCUUUGACCGGUUGAUCGACGCUUGUGUCGUCGAUAAGGAGAUGGGGACCGACGGCGAUACCCCCUCGGGGUCGGCCUGUUGGCUAUCAGCAUUUUGGGCGAUCAGUUGCCACAUGUUGCACAACAUACAUCCUGGGCUCAUAGUGUGGCUGGGCUCCUCCCGAUUGAGACCCCUUAAGGGGUUGAUGGUUGCUCUACUGCCGCCGUUCAAAUGCUCCUAUGGGUUCGGCGGGCGUCUCCCUCCUCCUUGCCGCAUGAGCUUCUUCCACAUUGAUGUAUUUGAUGACCUUCUUUUACAGAACCUGCCUUCCCCCGUUCGGACAAGCUAUCUGGUCUCCCUCAACAUCCUACUGCUUUGUAUCGAGCGUCGCGAGGAUCCUUAUCGAUUCUUCGAUUGGAAAGUCACCUACGGAGACAUCUAUCCUUUGGGAAUACGACAACAAGUAAUAUUGAUCAAUGGGCAAUUCCCAGGGCCAGAAAUACAGUCUCAAACCAACGACAACAUAAUCAUCAACGUCUACAAUGGAUUGACGGAGCCUUUCCUCAUCACAUGGAACGGAGUGCAAUUGAGAGGAAACUCAUGGCAAGACGGUGUUUAUGGGACUAAUUGUGGGAUCCCGCCGAAUAAGAACUACACGUACGUGAUGCGUUUCAAGGAUCAGAUUGGAAGCUUCUUUUACUUUCCUUCGUUGGGGUUUCAGAAGGCGGCGGGAGGUUACGGCGGCAUCAGUAUUCUAAGCAGGCCUGGCGUUCCGGUGCCAUUUCUUGCCCCCGUCAAAGAAUACACGCUCCUCAUCGGCGACUGGUAUAAGACGGCUAUUCACUCAAUAUUAAAAGAAAAAAUAGACAAUGGCAUGGAACUCCCCUUCCCCGACGCCAUCCUAAUCAACGGCCGCAGCAGCUCCAAUGGGGCAUCCUUCACCGUUGAUCAAGGAAAAACCUAUCGAUUGAGGAUCUCCAAUGUAGGGUUAAUGACCUCCUUAAAUAUUCAAAUCCAAGGCCACCAGAUGAAGUUGGUGGAGGUUGAGGGCACACACACUAUCCAAAACUACUAUCCCUCCCUUGAUGUCCAUGUUGGCCAAUCCAUGUCAGUGCUUGUCACGGCGGACCAAUCAUCCAAGGAUUACUAUAUUGCCGUCUCCACCCGUUUCACCUCCACCACCCUAACCACCACUGCCAUCCUUCAUUACAGCAAUUCUGAGCAAAAGGCUUCAGGUCCAAUCCCCACAGGUCCGACUGAGCAAUUCGAUUGGUCCAUGAACCAAGCUCGAACCAUUCGCACAAAUCUGAGCGCAAGCGGGCCGCGGCCCAACCCACAAGGCUCGUACCACUACGGCUCGAUCCCGGUGAACCGGACGAUCCAGCUCGCCAACUCCGCCGCCCUGGUGGGCGGCAAGCAGCGCUACGCCGUCAACAGCGUCUCCUUCGUGGAGGCCGACACGCCGCUGAAGCUCGCCGACUACUUCAAGAUUGACGGCGUUUUCAGGCUGGGGAGCAUCGACGACCACCCCACCGGCGCGGCGGUGCACCUCGACACGGCGGUCAUGGCCGCCGACUUCCGCGCGUUCGCGGAGGUGGUCUUCCAGAACGACGAGCCUACCGUGCAGAGCUGGCAUCUGGAUGGCUACAACUUCUGGGUCGUAGGCAUGAACAAAGGGGAAUGGAGUCCGGCGAGUCGAAACGACUACAACCUUAACGAUGCGGUGUCUCGCUGCACCGCUCAGGUGUAUCCCAAUUCGUGGACUGCGGUUUACGUAGCCUUGGACAACGUGGGGAUGUGGAAUGUGCGAUCGCAAUGGUGGGAGCGACGGUACCUGGGCCAGCAGUUCUACUUGAGGGUUUACUCGCCGGCAGAAUCCAGAAGAGACGAGUACCCGAUGCCGGACAACGCCCUCCUCUGCGGCAGAGCAGCGAAGGAGCUGAUCAGUACUGCCAAGCACAGCUCCGGCUCCAUCAACAUUUCUAUCUUUUAA